AUGGGAUAUCCAAAAGUUAUUGGCGGAGUUUCUAGAAAUGCCUACCCUGGUGUUUACACCCAUUCGUGCAGAUUUGUUAGAUCAGGGUUGAUUGAUUUUGGAGCUCGAAUGACUGUUAUUACAGGACCGAAAUCUUUUAUCGUUUGGUCUGCAAUUCCAUUUGAUGAACAAAUGAUUGCCUCUCUAAAUAAAUCCAUCAUCGAUGCAGGCGAUUUGAAAUUGGGAGAAUCUUUUACUGAUAAGCUGUCUCACAUCAUUAUUCCAGAUGCGGAACAUACGAUGGCUGUCAAGAGCUGGAAAGCAAAGUUACCAAACGUUCGAGUUUUGGGGAUCGAAGGCGUCAGUGAUGCGAUCGCUAAGCUAACAGAUAUCACGAUCCCUUUCAAAGCCAAUCAAAAGAUUUUGGCGGUUGAUGAGCUUUUCGACUAUGGUCUUGACGAGACCAAAGACUCUGCACUUCUUGCCUCUGAUCUUCAGUUCAUGUUCCUCCCAUACUAUUCCAACAAAGAAUUAAUGGCAUUCCAUCCUAGUCAAAAAGUUUUACUAUGUGCAGAUGUUUUGUUCAACGUUCAGUCAGCGGACAUCAGAACUCCCGAAUCUGACAUUUACAACGAGCAAUUUGAAGGGAAGGAAACUUUCAAUUGGGCUCAAAAACUUGCCUUCAAAAGCCUAUUCUCUGUGGGGACAAGAGCCAACAAAUUUCUUAUCAACUCUCAAAUUCAUAAAAGUGAUAACUUUGCACAGUCUUUGGAGAAGAUGUUAUCCACUUGGCAGCCAGAAAGAAUCAUUCCUUGUCAUGGUGAUACAAUUGAUAGGAAUGGAACAGCUGUAUUCCGCCGUGCUUUCGGAUCGAUCUUGAGUAGUUGA